CGUUCGAAAGUAAUCGCCGCGCGCGCUUUGUUCAAGCAAGAUGUCGGCGCCCAUGGAGGUAGUGGUUUCUGCCGAUUCAAGUGGCCAGUUAUGGAAUUGUGCAGUCUUCGAUCUUCAUUCAGGGACCAAUCUUUUGUCCUAUCGAGGUGGAAACAGUUCGUCUAGGUCCCUUACUGUCCUCAAUGGCGAAUACAUUCUUGGAGCACAGCUGGGAAAGAACUUCAUCAACGUAUGGGAAGUCCAGAGGAAGGACCAGCUCCAGCAGAAGAUCGUGUGCCCUGGCAUCGUGACCUGUCUCACAGCCUCACCUGACGGACUCUAUGUGCUGGCGGGGAUCGCCGACGCCAUUUACCUGUGGGAGGUUUCCACGGGCAACCUGUUGGCCAUCCUGAACCGCCACUACCAGGACCUGACCUGCCUCCGCUUCACCGAUGACAGCAGUCACUUCAUCUCUGGAGCCAAGGACAACCUGGCGCUCAUCUGGAGUCUGGUCAGUGUGGUGCAGCUGGAACCCUCUCACACUCCAGAGCCGCGCCACGUCCUGUCACGCCACUCGUUACCCAUCACCGACAUCCACUGCGGCCUCAUGGGAGCUCAGGCACGCGUCGCCACCGCCUCCCUCGACCAGACCGUGAAGCUGUGGGAGGUCUCCUCAGGUGAGAUGCUGCUCUCAGUGCUCUUUGACGUCAGCAUCAUGUCCGUCACCCUUGACCCCUGCGAGUACUUCCUGUUUUGUGGAGGCAGCGAUGGGACCAUCUAUCAAGUGUCUCUGUGCAGCCCGAGCCUGAGUCGGGAUAAGACCUUCCAGUCAGACAGCGAGGGAAACCAGGUGUUUAAAGGCCACAGGAACCUGGUGACGUGUCUCUCUGUCUCCAUGGACGGAACACUCCUGCUGUCGGGUUCCCAUGACGAGACGGUCAGACUCUGGGACGUCCAGAGCAAGCAGAGCAUCCGCACCAUCAACCAUAAAGGUCCGGUGAGCAACGCCUGCAUCAUGCUCGCUCCUGCCCACAUGUUUCUGUCCGAGAGCCGUCCGGCCGUGCCGCUCCCCCGCUUCAGCCGCCACCUCAACCCCACCGAGCAGCACGACGCCUCCGCCGCCGCCGGCAUGUGUGUGCGCGUGGGGACCAGCGCUCAGGUGCAGAGAGAAAGCUAUUAGGAAAAAACUGAUAGCCUAUAUCCCCUCCUGAGUGCGUGCGUGCGUGCGCGUAGUGUGUUCGGGGACGGAGAGAACACUAAAGUGCGAGUGUCGGAGCUGGAGGAGGAGGUGAAGACGCUGAAGAAGAUCAACAAGGACCUGUACGACUUCUCCAGCCAGCUGCUCAUCAAGCCCAGCUAGAGCUGGCCCGGAGCUGGCCCGGAGGACAGCCGGAACCCACACCCUCAUCAGGCCCCUCCAGAGACACUGGACUGUGCAGCCACCAGCAAAGACUGGACAGACCAUUCUCCCCUUUAUCCAGUUAGCUCAUGUGCAUCUGUCUCCGUCUGUCUGUCUGCUGGUCCAUGUCUAGCGUGUGUGUCUGGGUUUACGUUGUGUGUGUGUGUGUGUGUGUGUGUGUGUGUCUGGGUUUACUGUAUGUUUUACUGCAAGUAGAAACGUAUUUGGUUCUCAUGUACGCUGUAUAGUAUGUGUGGGAGACGGGUCAUUAAAGUUUUGUGUUUGCCAUAUAUACUCUAUGGUGUGUGUGUGGGAGACAUUACAAGUUGUGUUUGCCAUAUAUACUCCAUGGUGUGUGUGUGUAGGAGACAGGUCAUUAAAGUUUGUGUUUGCCAUAUAUACUCUAUAGUGUUUGUGUGGGAGACAUUACAAGUUGUGUUUGCCAUAUAUACUCUAUGGUGUGUGUGUGUGUGUGAGACAGGUCAUUAAAGUUUGUGUUUGCCAUAUAUACUCUAUAGUGUGUGUGGGAGACAUUAAAAAUUGUGUUUGUGACUAAGAUAAAGUCCCAACUCCACAUAUCUGCUGGUUUAUAAGUUGUGUUUGUGACUAAGAUAAAGUCCCAACUCCACAUAUCUGGUUUAUGAGUUGUGUUUGUGACUACUCCAUAUAUACUCUAUAGUGUGUGUAAAGUCCCAACUCCACAUAUCUGCUGGUUUAUAAGUUGUGUUUGUGACUAAGAUAAAGUCCCAACUCCACAUAUCUGGUUUAUGAGUUGUGUUUGUGACUACUCCAUAUAUAUUCUAUAGUGUGUGUAAAGUCCCAACUCCACAUAUCUGCUGGUUUAUGAAUUGUGUUUGUGACUAAGAUAAAGUCCCAACUCCACAUA